GAGGUGAAACCAAGGAAAAUAAGAAUUAACUCAGAUCAUAUUUGAAAGAACAGAACUGUGGGCAAAAUGCUGCGACUUUUGCUGUACUGCUGCCUCGCUGUUGUCUUUGCUAAGGAGGAGUUUGAAGUGUCGUACUCGUCUGGAGAGAAAGCUGUGGACCCAUUUUUUGACGCCAACCAGGCUGUUGUACACAAGAGAAAUGUGGGGUUUGCGCCUUGCCAGGAUGAAGGCGGGACGGUGAACGGGUUGACGUGCCUCCAGAUUUUCCAGGCUACAGGGAUCAAGUUCUGUGACCACGUGGAUUUGUCACGGAAAUGUUGUGCCACACGAUGGAGAUACUGUGGAGACUGCAAGGACACGCCUAACAUCCGCGUCAAUGAGAUGACCUGUCACGACUUCUUCAUGAAGACAGGGCAGACGGCCUGUCACAGGGGAGACGUGGCUGGGGUUUGCUGUGCAAGCAGAAGGAAAGUCUGCGACAAUUGCUAUGGAGACACAACCAAUGUCCUGCUUGGAAACAUGACGUGUUCGGAGUUGAUUAGUAAAGUUGGUCUGGCCGCCUGUCAUCACCACCAGGUCAUCCAGCACUGCUGUCUUACCAGGGGAGUCAUGUGUGAGUGCAAUGGAGACCACCUUGGUACGUCCUUCAGUGACAAAGAUGGCAAUACCUUCACCUGUGCCACAAUCUUCUCAGACAAUAAGUUUGACGUCUGCCGUAGCCCCACCGUCCUGCAGGGCUGCUGCAAGUCCUUCCGUGAACACUGUAAAGACAGUCCCAUCCUGGGGUAGUUAGAAAACAGUCUUCAGCAACUUGGGUAUCAUACUGUGUUAUGUAAUCCAAGUUAUGCAACGUUAUGUAAUCCAAGGACCUUUCAAAGUGAAAUGACUUUCAAAACAGCACUUUUCAAACAUGGUUCUUAAGUUGAUAGAAUAUGAAGAUACCUUGUAACCUUUUGAACAUGUACAUGUGUACGGUUUCAAUAAAAUCUGAUGUGUUAUUCAU